AUUAUUGACAAUGAUCUAACACGACAACAUGACUAAAACCCAAGAAUUAACCCGAACAUGACUUGAACAAAUUAGACCCAGCCCAAAAGUUCCAUUGUUCAACUUAUCCGGUUAUCCCCUCCCCACCCAGCUGAUAUCAUUAUUUCCAAUUACAAAUUUACAAGUCAUUAUUAUCGAGAAAAUUACAGUACGAAUUAUAACGGAGUAUGAAGUAUGAACUUGUUAGUUGUUACUAAAACAUCUGUUUUUGAGAAAAUAGAAGUUUAUUCGAAUUGCUCUGUUUUACCCCGAAAUCAUUCAAAAAACCAAAACGAAGUGAUGUUAAAGAUUCAUCACUCAAAAAUCCCAAAAAUUAUCACCAAAUUACAAUUUCAAACCAUAACAUCCAUUUCAAGACCUCAAAAUCGAACACACAAACCAUCUUCAAAGCGUCGAAAACCCAAACCAAUUCCAUUUCUUGCUGAUCUCAAGCAACUCCAUAACCCAGAUGAAGCGCUCUCUCUCUUCGAAGAUUAUACUCAAAAAGGCGUCAAACAUGACUACCCUUCUUACGCUUCUCUCCUCUACAAGCUUGCUCGCUCUCGUAAGUUUGAUCAAAUCGACCCACUUCUUGAUUUCAUCAAAAAUCGCGGUAUUCGUUGCCGGGAAGGGUUGUUUAUAGCUUUGAUGCAGCAUUAUGGGAAAUGUCAAUUGGUUGAGAAAGCAAUUGAAUUGUUUAAUCAAAUGCCCAAUUUCAAUUGUGAAAGAAAUUUGCAGUCUUUCAAUAUUUUGCUUAAUGUUCUUAUUGAUAAUGAUCGAUUUUCUGAUGCAAAUGAUUUGUUUUUGAGGUGUAAAGAACUGGGUUUUAAGCCGAAUUCGGUUUCGUUUAAUAUAAUGAUGAAGGGUUGGUUGGUGAAGGGUGAGUUGGAGAAUGCGUGUAAGGUAUUUGAUGAAAUGCUUGAGAGAGAGGUUCAGCCUACUGUUGUGACUUAUAAUAGUUUGAUUGGAUUUUUGUGUAAGAAGGGUGAGGUGAGUAAGGGCUUGAAGUUGCUUGAUGAAAUGAUUUGCAAAGGAACGCACCCGAAUGUGGUUACUUUUGUUCUAUUGAUGGAAGGAUUGUGUUCCUUAGGGAAGUAUAAUGAGGCUAAGAAGAUGAUGUUUGAUAUGGAGUACCGAGGGUGCAAACCUCGGCUUGCUAAUUUCGGGGUUUUGAUGACCGAUCUUACUCAGAGAGGGAAGUUUGAUGAAGCAAAAUCAUUGAUUAAUGACAUGAGGAAGAAGAGGCUAAAGCCAGAUGUUGUAAUUUAUAACAUAUUGGUGAACUUUUUGUGUAAAGAAGGGAGAGCUGAGGAGGCUUAUAAGGUGCUUGUUGAUAUGCAAAUUAAAGGAUGUGAGCCUAAUGCAGCUACUUAUAGAAUGUUGUUCGAUGGGUUUUGUCGAGUUAGUGAGUAUGAGAGGGGUUUGAGUAUCCUAAAUGUUAUGAUGAUGAGCCACCACUAUCCGCGCUUGGAAAGUUUUUAUUGUUUAGUUACGGGCUUGCUCAAGGGCGGGAAGAUGGAUGAUGCUUGGUUUGUCUUGGAAGUGAUGGGGAAGAAGAAUAUAAGAUUUCAAACUGCAAGAUGGGAGUCUCUUGUUGUGGAGCUCUGUGGUGAUGAUCAUGACACUACUGUUAAACUUGUGAGUGAACUAAGCUCCUUGAAUUCAUAAACUUAAAAUACAAGUUAAAUUAUUUCUAAGCUGUGACAUUUUUUGGGUGCUUGUAUCCUAAACAUAUGCUGUCCUACUCUUUUUAAUUACCUAA